CUUGAAUGUGUUGAACGAACAAACGAAAUUAUUUUGAAUAUGAAAGAUUUGAUGUUUGACAAAGGCGGCGUACACGUGGCCAAAGAAGUCGGAGAUUCUGAUUUACAACCAAUAAAUAUAUCGGAACCUAUAUUAGAAAAUGGAAAGCAAUGGCUUAUAAUCACUUUGAAUGAAGAACUAGAGGUGAAAGAGAAAAUACAAGUAAAAAUCAAGUAUUACAAAGUUCAUGAUACUUCACAAGAUCCUGACGUCGCUUUUUUCAAAUACAGAUACGCCAGAAAGGCUGUUGAUAAGUAUAAGUUAGUUUACUGGCAACGUUCAAUCUAG